UACAACUAUUCUAAUCAAACCAGAUCUCUUUCUCGCUCGGACAUCCGAAUCAGAAACCAUGGCGUUCUUCCUCAACAAAGCCACUGUUUUCCGUUCUUAUAUUAAUAAGACGGAAAAUGCUUCAUCUCUCUCUCGUCGCGGAUUCCAUGUUGAACCAGGGCUUCGCGAGAAGGCUCUCUUAGCUGAAGACCCAGUCUUAAGUCGGUUCAAGUCACAUAAGACAGGUGUUCGUGUAAUCAAACGGAUAGGGGAUGUUCUCACCAUCGUUGUUGUGGCUGGGUGUUGCUAUGAGAUCUAUGUGAGAGCAGUAAUGCGAGAAGAAGCUCGGAAACAAUCAAGUAAUGCAUAAUGAGAGGAGUGAGUCUCCUCCCCGGUCUUGGCUAAUUUCUUUUCUGCUUUUGUUUCAAUCAACAACAGCAGGACAAAAUUAAGUUCUUAAUAAAGUUUCUUGUAUAAGAUGUUUUGUGUUAUCCUGCUUGAAGCUUGAAGAUGAUAAUUGUCAAUGUACUACUUUGAUAUUCACUUUA